AAUUAAGAAAAAAAAUCACAAAUAUUAUGCCAAAAAUAAAGUAAAGUAAUUCAUAAUUUCCGUAUGAGUACCUGGCGGUGUGGAAAGUGUAAGCAGUCAUUUAUCACCGGCGAAAUUUUCUACUAAAAAAAUCUCCGGUCUUCACCGUCCCCUCCUCCGGCGCAAAGCUUCGGUAGCCCGCGGCCUUCCCUUCCCUGCUCCGCCAACUAUUGCUCUAUUUCUUCUUAGUAAGGAGAGCAGUCGGUGCGAGACAUGGUGAUACUUGCAGUGACAUUGAUUCUAUGCGUUUUGUUGGGAUUUCUACUUUUGAUUCCAGGACGGCGUAAAUAUGAUCUUGCAAAGGAAGCUCAGUCAAGUGCUAACGAUUAUAAGGUUAAGGAAUCCAAAAUGAUCACUAGAGCUGAAGUCUCUUUGCAUAACAGGAGGAAUGAUUGUUGGAUCAUCAUCAAAAACAAGGUGUAUGAUGUGACUUCAUAUGUUGAUGAACAUCCAGGUGGAGAUGCCAUUUUGGCACACGCUGGGGAUGAUUCAACUGAAGGGUUUUACGGGCCUCAGCAUGCUACUCGAGUAUUUGAUAUGAUUGAUGACUUCUACAUUGGAGAAUUGAGGCAAUGACAAAUGACAGACAUUGGUUUUCAAAUUGAACCGUUGAAUGGUUUUAUUGCCCUUUUAGAAUUUUAUCCUCCAAUGGACCUUCCACCUUAAAUGCAACAUUGUGUUUUUUGCACAUUCCUUUGCUUUUGGUUGGUGAAAUCGCUGAGAUUUAAUUGUACCGAAUGUUCCAUUCCUAACUUAAUCAAGGAGUCAGAAUUUGAUCUUUUUCG